CUCCUCUCUCUCCUCCCCUCCUCCUCUCCCCCUUCUCUCUCAUCUUUAGCUGUAACGAGUGUUUGAUCGAUCGGAAGCUUUUUUUUUUGGAGACGAGUAACCGUUUCUUUUUUAACGGUUUCUCGGUGGUUCUUCUUCUUGUUGUUGUUGUUGGACUUUCCCGCCCUCUCCGUCUCUCCUCCGCCGCCUGCUCCUCCUCUUCCAGCAGAACCUGCCGUUAGAACCGUGAGGGGAUCAUUCAGCUCCGCGGCGCCAGAUUUUUACCGAGCCCGAACCGACAGCACAAAGUUGAUAAGCUAAGCUAAGCUAAGCUAGCUUAGCCACUUGCUAACUAGCUUGCGGUGCUGGUCGUGCGGGGGGAGCCUUGUUGUUGUUGUUGUUUUUGUUUUUUUGUUGUUGUUUUUUUGCGGGGUGUCGUCGUGACUUCUCGUGGCUGAAUUUCCCAACUGAAACCCGAAGACUUAAUUUCGAGCGGGAAGCCCAACUGUUGUCGACAUUAGCCCGCUGCUACCUGCUAGCUGCUAAUACCCUGCGUAUUUAGCCUGGAAGCCGAUUCAAGGCCUUGGAAGUCCGGCACCACCUUCAGCCGCCACCGCCGCCACCACCACCACCGAUACAGUAUUUUGCAUUGCCGUUGCAGUGAGAGUCGACAGCUUACUUGGUGACACAGAGACUUCUCCCUGAGGAGCCAAGAAGCAGACGGCUCAUGACUUCUGACCAGGACACGAAAGUUGUAGCUGAACCACAGGUGCAGCAAGUACAAGAGGCAAAAGAGAGCUCUCAUUUGGAAUCCGCCAAGGUUUCAGACCUCAACCCCAAUGCGAAAGCAUGGGCCAACCACAUGUUUAGCCUGGACCCCAGCGGGAGUGCUGACACCACAACUGCUGCCCUGCAGCCAUGGAAGGAAGGCUGCGAUAGUUCGGCCGACCCUGGCCCAGAAGGCUAUGAAGCCAGUGAAGACAAGGCUUACAAGGAGCCCCUACUAACCGACCCAGAUGAGCCUCCACCGGUACCAGUAAUGCUGGCCGAGCCGGCCCCCGUGGCCUCCUCCGUCACCCUGGAGUGCUCCGAGCCAGCCUACACAGAGUACCCCGAGCCUGGGCAACCAGGGCGCACAGGCAGUGAUCCCCAGCAAGAGAAUCCCCAGGAGGGCUUGAGGGAGCACCUGAAGAAGACCUUGGAGUUCUGUCUUUCCCGGGAGAAUCUGGCCAGUGACAUGUACCUCAUCUCCCAGAUGGACAGCGACCAAUACGUGCCAAUCGUGACGGUGGCCAACCUGGACCACGUCAAGAAGCUCAGCACUGACAUGGAGCUGAUCGUGGACAUUUUGCGAUCUCUGCCAUUGGUCCAAGUGGACGAGAAGGGGGAGAAGGUGCGACCCAAUCAGAACCGCUGCAUCGUGAUCCUGAGAGAGGUUCCUGAGAGCACGCCCAUAGAGGAGGUCGAGGCUCUUUUUAAAGGGGACAACCUACCCAAGUUCAUCAACUGUGAAUUUGCCUACAACGACAACUGGUUCAUCACCUUUGAAUCAGAAGCAGACGCACAGCAGGCAUAUCAGUAUUUGCGCGAGGAGGUGAAGACCUUCCAAGGGAAGCCCAUUAAGGCGAGGAUAAAGGCGAAGGCAAUCGCUAUCAACACUUUCAUGCCAAAGAACGGUUACCGGCCGGUGGAGGUGAACCCGUACGCUCAGCAGCGCUACACGUCCUACUACAUCCCGCCGGUUUACAGCCCCCAGCAGCAGUUCCCCUUAUACAGCCUCAUCACGCCGCAGGCCUGGUCCGCCACACACAGCUUCAUCGACCCCACACUGCUGCUGAAUCGGUUUUCUGUCAACCAGGUUGCACCGUUUCACAACAACCAGUUCAUCAAUGGAUUCACCACAUCACACAGUUUCAAACCAGCGACGUCCCCCCUCACUACUGUCAGACACUACUCGCCCAGGAACAGGAAUCACAGUAAACCUCACUUGAGGCCGACCAUCCCCACAGCGGACCGCAACGCCGGGCUCCUGGACAACCCGGGCCUCUUUCCCAGCUUCCCCAGCGAGAGACUCAACGGGGUUCGCAGCAGUCCGCCGACACGGCUCCCCACCAGCCAGCCCAGAACCAGGUUACCCUCCACCUCCGCCUUCCCGCGCAGGGACACAGUGGGCACGGGGCGAGUAACCGAGCCCACAACCACAGACUACUCUCUGGGUAUCGGCAGAGGAAGGAAAAAUGUUUCUGCUUCUAGGAAAAAGAGGGACGAAAAGUUUACAAGAGUGACGCCUCAGUCGCCGCCUCCUCCUCCCAAACCCCCGUCUCCAAGCUUCGAGCUCGGUCUCUCCAGCUUCCCUCCCCUUCCCGGAGCGGCCGGCCAGCUCAAGACGGAUGACGUGUUCGACAACCGACUGGCCAGCAGCGUAGUCGUCGGAACUGCGAAGGAACGGAAUGUAAGUGCUGAGUCCAGUACCGGAGGAGCUCUCUCUCCAGCGGGCCCCAAAGAGCCACUUCGGUCCUCCACCUCCCCAAUGCCCACAAGCUUCCAGCCCUCGCCGACCACCCCGACCCCAGCCUCCGCCUCAGCCCCGACCCUGACCCCAGCCGCCGGCCCGCUGCACAGUCCCGCUCCAUCCCUCCCAGCAGCAGCGGAGGUGAAGGCGACAGAGUUGAAGCCGAAGGAGGUGCAGUUGUCUGUGGAGCGAGUUCCCGGCACUUUGUCCACUGCGAGCAAAUCAGUGCAAGUCAACGGAGCUGCCACGGAGCUGAGGAAACCCUCCUACGCUGAGAUCUGCCAGCGGGUGAAGGACGCCCCGACAUUACAGCAACCACCGACCCCCAAGGAAGCCAAGCCAGCCUGCGCUGCCCCUGCGGGCGAGGAGAGGAAGUGCCCUGACGCCUCCAUCCCGGCAGGGGAGGCCAAGGCCAGAGAGACAUACCCCUCCUCCUCCUCCUCUUCCUCCUCCAAACCCGGCUCGGCCACCCCGGGCAGACCCCCGAGGGACGGCCGAAGGCCGGCCGGGCGGUGGGCCUCCCCGCCCCCCCCACACCCAGGGAAAAACCCCAGCAAAGAUCCCCACCACACCCCGCCCAAGUCCCCGCAGUAGGGCGACGCUCCCUGCCCUCCUCCUCUCCCUGUGUCCUCCAGCCUCGCCCCACUACGCUCCACAGAAGCGUUUAAAAAAAAAAAUUAAAUAAAAGGAAAUAUAAGUCAGGGCUACUCAAUACUUAUAUCCCAGAAUCACCAGUCACAAACAAGCAUAGAGGACGCCUUCUUUUCUGGAUCAGGGCUUGCAGACAAAAAGCACUUUACUGUGCAUGUAGAGCACCGUUUCAUUCGUUUUAUUCUAUUUAUUUUUACUUUUUUGUUUUAAUAUUCACUUUUUUUCUCCUUUUGCAUUACGUAGUAGUGUCGGCCCGUACGUCGACGCAGACAACACUGAAAUUUAUUCAUUCUGUCCAAAAAUGGCCUUGUGGGAUUUAAAAAAAACAAAAAUUAAGUCUUGUGUGUGAAGCAGCAAAGGGGCAUUGUUGGAAACCAACCCCACCCACCCCCCAGUGGAUGAUGGGAAAGGGUUUGUUUGCAUGUUGAGUGGCACCGUUGUGCAACUUUAUGUAGCUUAAUUAUGGGUCAUCAGAUAUGUGUUUAAAAAAAACAAAACAUUCACAUCCAUAUGCAAGGCAUCGAAAUCUCAUCGCAGCAAGACUCCAGAGAUCUUUUGGUUUUGCAGAUUUAUUUACACUAGAUUACUUUUCAGCUUUGUUUGUCGACUGUUGUUAAAGUUACUGCUGGUAAGCGUCGCUGGGCGUCUCCUCCACCUCCUCCUUCCUCUGAUCACCUCCCUCUGCUGUUUUGUUGUUUGUUUGUUUGUUUUUACUUUUUGCUGGCUAUAUAUCGCAUAGCUUGUGUCUACCGGCUGAUGUGAGAUCAGUGCCAGCAUCAGACAAAGAAGGGCACGCGGGGGACACCAAAACUUUGCACAGAGACAAAUUCGGCAUCGAGGUCGCCUGACGUCGGCCAAAUAAUUUGGGUUAUGGUGUUGGAGUUUCUCGUUUAAUGAGUCCGUUUUCUUGGCAUUGUAUUUUUGCUGUCCUCUCUUCUCAUGUCCUUAAAAAAAAAAACUGUGGAAUAAUAAUCAGCAGGCACAUGAUAUCGCAGGAAGAAGCACGGCGAUGGAGCUGACGGGCUGACGAAUCCAGUCUUGACGGUAUAAAAUGCCGGAGUUGGGGAAAACACUGGUGAGCCGAGAUUAUGACUGUGAGGAAAUUAACACUAGCUACCACUCAAGAUGCUCGGGAAAACCCACGUCGGUUUACCACCGUGAGAGGUCAACAGACUGUCAUAAGGAGGAGGUGCAUUUGUUCUGAAUAUCUGCUGAGAAAACUCCUCAGGGGACGAAAAUGCACAGAGUUCAGAGUUGAGCGUGUAGUUUGGGUACAGAGACGGUGUUUUCUCGUUCAAACCGGUCAAUCAGUGGUACGUUUUCUUGUUCGUUCUUCUAGAUUAUGGUGCUAGACGUCAAACCCUGGAAUCUCUCGCUGCGGGCUCACCUGAUACUGUAUGUAGAAAAAAAAAAUAGAUUUUAAAUCUACACAACUUUAUUUGCACUGUUAGUGUUUUCGUGAAACUCAAGAGGGCAAACCUGAAGCAAAAAAAAAAGGGAAAAAAAUGCAAAUUCAGUACAAGUUUUCCACCCUGCAAACAUCAUCAUCAUCUCUGUAGACGCCACCGCCGAAGCUUCUUGUUUUUGUUGAACACACUGUAGUGAAGGAUGGACGUUCACAGUCGUCCGGCUUGUUAUAUUUUCGAUGGCUCGUCGUGGAUAUUAAUUUUUGUUUAGUUCUGAAGGAGGUGGUGCUCUUGCGUAGGCGUGCGGUGGUUUGGAUUUUGGCCUCUUGUUCUCGCAUCAGGAGGAUUUUGAUUGAACUAGUGCUUGUAUACGAGUAUGGAAAGUGAGACGAUUGUUGUACAGAAUAUUUUACUAAAACUAAACCGAUGAAGGUUGAAAGACGAGUAAGGUUUGUUUGUUUUGUUUUUUUCCGUGUUUUUCGGGAAUGUAGUUCGCCACGUUGGAGUGUGGAAGAGAUUUGGUUGGGAGUCCCGUCGGGAGCGCACGUGAACAAUGUUGAACCAAACAUCCUUUUAAAAAAAAUUUAACAAAGCGUUAACGGGCAGGUUUACAGCAGGAUCGCGAUCAGGAGAGUCUGAAACUGUCGUGUAAAAUCGAUCCUCAGGGUGAAGACGUUCAUCUUUCCUCACGUUGUUUUUUGUAGGCAUGCUCCCUCAUUGGUUUCUUCUAAAAAGAAAAAAGAAAAUGAAGAAAAAGAUUGACCAGAGCACACGGCACGUCUUUCUGCUUCAUUAUCAUGUUUUUAGGGAUAAAUUACACCUGACAGGAGUUCGAUGUAAAGCACAGAGUCAAAAAAAACAUCCUGACACGGAUUAGCGCCCACACAAAUUCAGGUGUAAUGAGACAUAAUCGAGCGGCAUUUUGCGACAUGAAUCCUUCGUCAGAUUGAAGUACCGAGAAUUUAGACGCAGGGAGGAAACCUGUUGAUCAGACUUUUGUUUAUUUGAGCUCUCGGGUUGGGAGCUCUGUCUACUGUAGCAGCCACUUUGGCAGAUAACCAGCCGAGUCUUGGAUGUUUUACUGUAUUCUAAAAGAUGUAAGCGACUUGUGUCGCCGAGUUUUGUUGGAUAAAACCGUCAAAAGUUUGUUUUCUGGGACCGAACAGACUUUGAGUUUCCCUCCCUGCUCAUCAUCGGCCGUAUGCUCGGGUUAAUCUUUUUUUGUCACCUCAGAUACAAAACACACCUUUAUAUUAAAUGAACCCCUCUGUACCAUACACAAACCUACACCACGUGGGACCUCGCAUGUCUCGCCAAUGUCUUCCUGCAACAAGAAGCAUUCUGCGUAAUCCCACUAAGAGAAAACCGGAUCUGGAGAAGGGAAAGCUUCAUUUAACAAAAAAAACUAAACAAAAGCCUGUACUCCUGCUCAUAGCUGCUUUUGAUUUGGACGCUAAAUCUUGAGUUUGUUAAAGAAAAUAUUUUUUUGAAGGACUGAGAUGCACUUGGAUGGGUCUGAUUAUUAUUUUUUUUCUCAUUGGUGGAAAUGGUAAAAGAGAAAAUGCACCAUAUCCACGUAUUUAUAAACCAAUGCUGUUUAUUCCAUGAGAAAUAUUGUUUCUUUUCUUUUUUUUAUUAUUUUAGGGAGAAGAAGAAAAAAAAGAUGCAUCGAGGUCUCUACGUAUACGCAAAAUGUAAAAAAAAAAAAAAAAAAAAAAUUCCAUCCAGUGUUUGAGAAACUUGAAUUUUAUUUAAACUUGAAAAAUGACUUUGCCUUAACUUUUAUACAAGACAAGCAUAGUUUAUUUCUUUUCAGAAAAAAAGAAAAAUAUCCCCGAAAAGUUAACGAAGCGUGACACGUGGAAAAUAUUUAGUCGUACCGGACGUCACAAGUCUUACCGGAGAGACGGAGCGAGUUCAAAUCUAGCAGCGUUUUUCUUUCUUUAUCCCUUUUUGUUUUUUCUUUUUUUUUUUUUUAACUGUACGAAAAAUAAUCAUUUUGAUUGUUUUUGUUUCUUGUUUAAUAGUUUUCAGGUUUUUUUCUUUUUUGUUUUUUUUUGGGGGAAAAAUAUAAACCUUGUAAAAUGCAAAACUAGUCAAUACUGUAUUAAAUUUGUGCACUUUGAAGUGUGUGCUUUGCUUGUACAGUUGUAAAUACUCAGAAAAAUAUAAGAGGUACCUUAAAAUGAUUAUAAAAAAAUAUAUUGAUCUUGUUGAACUAUUAAUGUUGCUAUCGAGCUGGAUGUAGGAUAUAAAAAAAACAAACAAAAAAACUUAAUGUCGUGCUUUUGGAAAUAUUUCUUUAACUUUUUUUUUUUAAUUAUUAUUUUUAUUUUAUUUUAUUUUUUUGGGGUGUGCGGAGUUUGAAUUCUGCUCCACUCUGCAGCGUGUCUGAUUGUAAAUUUUUGUUUGUUUUUGUUGUCUUUCAUUCCAUUUUCCAUACCUGUGUGGUUGGUUGGUUGCACCUGGGUGUGUACAGGUGCGUCCUUAAACCCCGCCCCCUCUCUUCCUCACUGUGCACUAAUUGGGGAAAAAAAAAAGCCUGUGGUACUGACAAGCAUCUUAUUAACGAACCUCACAAAGCUGCGUGUCCACCGACAUCCUCUUUAAAAGCUCUGGCUUCGAUUUUAUUUUACUGUUAAACUGGAAAUGUUUAUUUUUCCAGAUAGUUUUGCUUUUUUCUUAUUUUUGCAGCAAAGUUUAAAAGCUGACGCUGUUUAGCAAAAACAAAAACAAAAAAGCACUACAUGGCUGAUUUUUAGUCAUCACUGUGCAACAGCAGCAGCCACUGAUGCAAGGUAUUUUUUGACGUCUUUAAAUAUUACUGUUAUAAUACCAAGAAAAUGAAUAGAUGUAACUUAAAAGCUACAGUAAAGAGUAUUAAUGUAAUAAUUUCAGGGGGGAAAGUAGCCUCGUGUAGACCGUGACACUAAUACUCGAUAUAUACCGUGAUGAUUAUGACAUGUUCAUACAUAUGCAACUCAACAGUAUAUAAUCAAACUGCAUUGUGUCCACAUGAGGUGGACAGCAUGACUAGACAAUAUGUAAUGUUAAAUAAUAUUAGUAAUAGGACAAUAGAGAGCUGAAGUUCUGCCUCUUUGAGAAAAACCUCGGCGCGAUGAUGUAUUUCGUCAUCGAGGGUUUCUUUCAUCGGUUGUGCUGAAACGUAAUUAGUUUUUCUGUCCAUGUUCACGGAUACAUGAGAAUAUUUUACUGGACUGGGUGAACACUGAAGGAGUAGUUAAGGGGGAACCGUUAGCCUAGUGCUGUCACAUUUUAAAAAACCCAUCGACCAACACAUGAGCUCGUAUCUUGUCUGCUUAAAACACAAAAAAUCAAAAUGAUAAUUGGUGUUUUUCUUUUGAUAUACUGACGUCUUUGUGAAGCUGCACCUGGCUGUUCACCAAGAAAUAGUUCCACCACAUAACUCUAAAAUCACAAAUUGUUUAUGUUACAUUAACUAAUGACAAGAUACAUGUUUGUUGUUUAGCUUUAGAGGCGCUGGUAAAUAUCUAUCUUUGGGCGGAGCCAGGCCAGCGGUUUCUACCAGUUCCCAGUCUUUAUGCUAAGCUAACCACAUCCAGCUGUGCACAGGAGUGGUGUCGAACUUCACGUCUAACUCCGUCUUAAUACAAGACAAAACUCUAAUUCUGUUGCCAUACAACAGCUAGAUGUAGGGUUGAUUUGUCUUGUAAGUUUUGGCAGUUUUUGAUACGACACAGUUCGGUUGGUACUAAAAAGGUUCGAUUCCCAUCCCUAAUCGUGAACUUUGAUAGUGUAUUUAUGGCUGAGACUUAUGGGAGAUGUAGUUGUUGAGUGCUAGUAAAUUUUGAGUUUGUCUUGAUUGAAACGCGUUGGCUAUCUAAAUUGCGUUGAUGUUUAAUCAGUGUUGGGAUUCUCUCUCCUCUAGUUUGUGUUGAUUGAGUCUCCUUUUAUUUUUUCGGAAACACUUUUAUGGUGUUCAGGAUUUGUUUCUUUUAUGGACAGAAAACCACCGAAACUCGUUUUACAAACCGAUAAAAGAAAAACCUCUUUGACAAAAUCCAACUGAAAGCCAAGAGGCAGAAAAUCGGGCAGGACUUCUCUCUGUAUUGCUGCAACGUAUCGGCACGCUGGUGUCGGUGUGACCUUGCCUUUUUCGAUAUAAGCUGCACCUCCUCGAGCCUCCAGCUUUAAAAAGAGCGAUGCCCGAUGGACACGUGCAGGUUUUGUCUUCAUACACGCCGCGCUUUGAGGCGAUCUGACGCGUGACUCCGAUGGACGAUAUCAAAGCCGGAGCACAGCGAAGCUUGUACAGCACACGGCACUCGUGGUGGGAGAUUAUCGGGCAAGAUUUUGGCGCCACUGUUUCUUUAAGACGCUUUUUUGUUUGUUUGGGGAAAUAAAGUGAAAUGUUGUGUCUGUCGUUGUGAGGUAAAAGUUCUCCCACCCGAGUGUCGACGAGACUAAACUCAGCCAAAAAUUGUUGAAAUCUGCUCAGUGUUGUUGUCUUUAACCCUUAUUUUCCUUCUGAUUUAUCUGUUAAAGGUUUCUUGUCCAUGUUCUUCAGCUUUCAUGACUUCCUCUCCUGAGAAAUAAAUGUACAAAUACUUUUCUUUCUUUUUUUUUGUUUUUGUUUUUGGGGGGAGUGUGGGAGAAAAGCUUCGGCUCAACUGGAAUGACAGUUCAGUUUAUUUGUUGUUUUAUUUGUACGUGUGUUUCAGAGUUUUCUGGCACAUAAAGUACAUUAACAUGCGCAGAUUGAGGUGUCUGUUUAAAACCAUUUGAUCACAUGUGGACUGCAUUUUUGAUGUGGCAAAGAAAACCAAUAACUGUGCCAUUAUACAACUGUUGUUCUUUUGUCUCGACUGGGCAGUUUAACCUGUACAUAGCUGAGCGCUUGCCAUCUCGGGCUUUUUUUUGUUUCUUUUCUUCUUCUUUUUUAAAGUUUUCGUGUUUUAUUUUAAGAUGUGAUUUUCUUGUUACUGAAAGUCCAUCAAAGACUUCUCACAAUGUGACACCACUGACUGUAGGAGCGGUUCCCGUGCGUUGUAACUUUUGCGGUCGAUCCGUCGCCGUCGAGGUCGAGGCAUGUUUUGACCUCCAGAACUUUUUGAGACAUGAACACAGACGCUGAUUACAAACUUUGGGCAUCCCUGAACUGUGAAUGUGUGCAUGUGUGGAAUAAAAUAAAAUGUACCACCCAGAAACCCGACAGCGAUACGGUGACUCUGAAGUGCGACUGGAUGGUACCACUUUUUUUUUUUCCCCCCCCGAAGGGAUCUCUCAUUUUCGGCGGCGAAGACGGCCGCAAAGUUCUGCACGCCUUCUCCUGUAUCGCCGGCAUUAACGCAAAAAGGAGGAGCGCCUCCUUUUCUCAUGGACUUCUACACGGAGCGUCACACCUCAUAUCAGCCUGUCGGACGCCUCAGCUCUCAGUCGCCUCCUUCCUGUUUGUUCGCCCUGAUUUUUGACAGUGCCAUUGUUCGUUUGUUUGUUUUCCUCGAGGGUUGCAUCUUGUCGUAAAAAUUGAACGGCCCCCAUCCUCGUUCUCCUUGUGUUCCUUUUUUUUAUUUUAUUUUCAAAGAUAUAAUAACGAAUGCACACCAACUGACUGGAACAAGACUCGAUCUCUUUAUCAACUCACUGUGGUUUAACUUCAUUAACACUCUCACCAUGCUACGCUAACAGCUGUGGACAAUCGAUGACUCCAUCGCGUUGUUGGGGUUUGGACAGAUAAUUUUGCCUAACGACACCUUUAACAGAUGUGGAAUGGAGGUUGCGUUCAAGAGGGCUUCUUUUUUUUUUGUUGUUUGUUUUUGGGGGGGGUCUAUUCUUCCAUUGAGACUGGAAUCAAGCGUACAUGUCAGCUAUAGAUAAUUUAAGUUACUCUGUGUCAUGAUGUAAAACUGUCUAAUUUGGAGAAAAAAAAUGUAGCUUACUGAAAAAUAAAGAUUUAGGCACUGUUGAGGA